UGGUGAUUAAUGAAUGACGUAUAGCGCACUACGCUAAAACAAAAAUCACCGGACAUAACCUUCUGUAUGUUAGUAUUCUGUGAUUAUGUAUUUAUGUUGUUAAAUUUAGGAUUAUAAAGUCUGGAAAAUGAGCUUGCCUUACGUAAGGGUUUUUAAUACAAGCUAGCAGAAGUGUAUUUUUUGCCAUAGUCGGCCGGUUGCAACAAAAGGUUUUUCAAAACACUUACCCUCUUGGAGUUUCUAUUGUACGACUUAACUACAUACAAAGUUUUAAAGUGAACCUUUUCAAUGUGCAUUAAUUCUUUUCAAAGAGGACGUAUGGCUACACACAAAGAACUUUUAUUAAAUGCUAUGUUUACUAUAUUUUUUAGUUAGAUACUUUUGAAAACAAAUUGUUUUAGUUGAGAUCCUCAAAUUCACACCUUCGUAGAGAGAGUUGACGUGUCGAAAUCUUUGAUGUUUUCGAAUGUUUUAGAUCAAUUUGUGUUUCAUCGAUUAAAAAACGAGUUUUGAAAUCAAUACAGAACUCACCUACCGUCCUAAUUUACAUAACAAUAACUUACCACCGUCAUAAUUACGAGUCUCCCUCAAACAGUUAGCUUACUAGAACCGUUCAUUUCCUAUUUAAUGUGAAUCAAUGCAUUUGGUUUAGUCUGCUUUCUGGGUCGUUCUAAAGAUUCAGCACUUGAUAAAUUUUGUUCGUACAGAACAUCAAAAGACUUCGCUGAUAAGUUAAAGAAGUGAAAAACGAAGGCAAAGGAUUUGUGUGUCAUUAUAUUAGAGCGUCAAGAUCAUCGUGUUUUCUAACACUAGUUCAAAGUCCCAUUUGUUUAAAACGUUCUCUUCUCAUUGGAAAGAUUUUCAAGAUCUCUGUGUGAUUGUGUACUGUUUAUUUUGGUGUCAAAAUACGCGACUUGUCGGCGCGUUUCCCAGAGUACACACACACAAGACACAAGAAAGGUGGACGUCACUUGUUCAUCUGUGUUGCUGUGUUUGAGUGAAGCUUUAAAGAAAAACCUUUAUCAAGCUGACCAUGCAAGCCGUUCAUCGACCUGUGAAUAUGAAUAGAGAAUCUCCUCCGCAUAUUCCUGGUCCAAUUGACGGCAAUCUUUACGCCGUAGUCAGCCCUGCCAUGAAGAUGAAAUGUCGCGGAGAAAAGGGAAACGUAAACACGGAUACAGAUUAUCCGGGAGAAAGUAAAGUGGCCAAAUAUAACGGAAGUGAUAACAUCUUUCAAUUUCCCAUCGUAAUUGAUGAACGGCAAUUACGUGAUGAGGAUAGACAAGCUGCUAUGGAUGAGUUACUUGGUAAUCUUGGUGUUAAUAACGUUGCUGUGCAACAAAAUGGUUACACCAGUAAGUCACCUCAUCAGGUUACUUCAACUAAUCCUGCCCCACCUCAACGACAAAGCAGUUUUUACGCAACGGAAAAGAUCAAGGCAAGAAAGGGAAAUCAAACAUCAACAUCAACAUCGUCUCAGGGGCAGGGUUACUCUGUACCACAUGUUAAAACUGCUCCAGAUGAUGAGCAAAAUGUAUAUUAUGCUUCUCAUUACGCAGCUUCGCAGCCUGGCAAAGUAAAGGCGAAGCUCCAUGUUAACUCAAAUUCGAGUGGUCACAUUUCUCCGAGUGCGUCGCCAGAACUUAUUUCAAAUAGAAAAAUGCUGCUGGAUGUUAUUGAUGGAGGCUCAAAUGAGGAACUGGACGACUGUACAUUUGAUGAGGUAAUGACAGAAUCACGUGAUAUUGAAGUGCGGAAUGUGGAGAGCGAUGCAGAAUCUGAGGAGGAGAUAUCAUUCCACGAAAGUCCUACAUUACCGAGAAAGGGAAAUGUGGCAGAGAAAGUGAAAUUUCUGUCUAAAUCUGUUGCAUUCUCACCUCCACCGACGGAUGGCGACUCAGAGAAGCGUAAGAACACAUCCGUUCCGCUUAUUGGUCUGACUCAUCUUCCGGCUACGGACAUUACCGACCGGAUAGCGAAACAUAACGAGAAAUCAUUAGCUCCUGGUCAGGUUAUGUCUACUCCGAAUAUGGUGCUUUAUAGCAGUAAACAACCGCCGAAAAGAGUUGUUGAGUACAAUGCUGAUUCAAAUGAAAACAGGGAAGAAACAGAAGGUGAAGAUUUCCGUUCUACUGUCGUGUUGCGUCAUUAUGAAGAUGCGUGGGACAAUGUGGAAACAAACGAUUCGGACACUGAAGAAGACUUCCCACCGCCACCUCCGCCUAUUUUCUCAACUCCUGUUCUUCACACAGUGAAAAUUGGCAAACAAGCUGAAUUCAAGCUGAAUAUUGAAUUGGGUAAUAUCAAACAGGUUCAUUCGAGCCAAGAUCCAACGGAUUCAGGAUGUGAGGCAUUAACACCACAAUCUCCAACGCCUGCCAUGAAAAUAGAAGAACCUGCUAUUCAAAAAAAACUUGUUAAAGUUGAAGAGUGUGUUGACGAUGUAUUAUGGCAAGAUUUGUUCAGUGACGUGCCAACACCUCGAGAUGAAACUAGAACAACACCUCGAAGAACUCAGGAUUAUUCGAGCAGUGCUGUUACCACGCAGAAUAUUGUGGGCCCUCAGUUUACAACUUCAUUGCGAAAUCACACAUUAGAAAACGGUUCACUUAGUCACGUAACCUCAAAUGAUGAAGAACAGAGGUACAUGGAUGAAGAUGAAGGAUACUCAAGGAUUGAAGACAUCAAACCGGGUGAAGGACAGGAAAAUAUAACGACUUUUGAUAAGAAAGAGAAUGGAUUGACAGACGAGGAGUUCUUCAACAGCUACAAACCUAUUCCAGACAAGCCGACAAGUUUAGAGAUAAGCUCUGUACCAAAUCCUACACCAAGUCCAAACAAGAGUCCCUAUGAGAUAAUGAAGAAGAACAAAUUGUCAGCGACAGAACGGGGACCAGCUGUUCUUAACGAACUUAUUAAUGGUAUUAGAACAAUGAAACAGGAGAUGUCAAGCAAAGCAAGGGAACAACCUGGCAACAAUGACAUAUCUCCGUCUAGUCCAGGAAGUGACCAUUCUUCCACAUCUCGUUCGCCAACGUCCACGAUGUCUCGAGAAAAUAGGAGACAUAGAAAAGCUUCCGAUAAAGGUUAUGGCUCUACCAACUCAAGUCUCUCUGAAACAGAACUGUUCGUUGAAAUUCCUAAAAAUCCUGGUGUAAAGUUUGACAAAGAUACUUCCGCAUUCUGGUAUAAACCUCACAUAACUAGGGAACAAGCAAUUGCAUUGCUGCAAGACAAGUCACCUGGGACAUUUGUGAUACGAGACAGUCAAUCGUAUACUGGAGCAUUUGGUCUUGCCAUUAAAGUUGAAGUUCCUCCUAUGCAUGUAAUUCAAAGCCAGAACAAAGAUUUCAAUGACAUUGAUCCAUCAGAAUUUGUUCGACAUCUUUUAAUUGAAUCAACCCCAAAAGGCGUUCACCUCAAAGAUUGCAAAGAUGAGCCGAUGUUUGGAAGCCUAGCUGCAUUUGUUUAUCAACAUUCAUUGACAGAAAUUUCCCUUCCAUGCAAGCUCAUACUUCCAACUAAAGAUCUUACUGUUGGAACGCUGAAAAUCACAGACAGACAAGAAACAGAGGCUCAGCUUUUAGCACAAGGAGCAGCUUGUAAUGUUGCAUAUCUUGGCUCAUUUAAUGUGGAAUCUCUUACGGGACAUGCUGCCCUUAAGUAUGCAGUGUCAAAGAUUGAACCGGGUGGAAAAAAUAAAGAACAUGAACCAGUGUUGGUGAACUUUAAAGUUAAUAAGCAAGGGAUCACAUUAACAGAUAAUGAAAGAAAAUUGUUCUUCCGUAAACAUUAUCCUUUGAAAUAUAUAUUGUAUUAUGGGACCGAUCCAGAAGACACUAGAUGGGAUCUUACAGAAUAUGGUGGUGGAAAUGUAGCAAGGUCAUUUGUGUUUGUAUCAAGAAAAAUGGACAGUGAUAGUAAUGAAUGCCAUCUUUUUGCGGAAAUGGAUCCAAAACAACCAGCAUCAACUGUUGUGGAUGUUAUUACAAAGAUCAUCUCAAAUGUGAACUUGUGAAUAAAAUAAAAGGACAUUCGUAGUUGGUUGUGGUGAAAGUUUAAAGGUGAAGCUGUUGAUAAUUUUUGUUUAUCAAGAGCCAGUUGUACAAAGUCUGUUUAGCUCAUUAUAAAUUGUUAAAGAUGAUGAUAAAAUACAAUGCUUUGAUUUAUCGAAAUGUAAUUUGUUUUGUAUAUAUUAAUUUUACAUUCAACUAAAUUGUUAUUGAUGUAACAUUUGAUUAGCAUAAAAUUAUGUGGCUAAGGUGUUUAAUAAGUUUGUUUGUUAGUUAAGCAGGCUUUGUAUUAUGGCCAUAUAGUAAUUUAUUGUACAAUAUUUUAUGCCAUGUUACAUGUUAGUAAAGUAAAAAAUAUGGUGUUUUUCAUGUGAUAGUAA